GCUUGUCCUUACUGCAUGGAGAAUACUAAAUCGUUCACUUUAAAACAUGGCAGAAAAAAUUCAUGGUUUGAUUGUCACCGUCAGUUCUUGCCAAUGGAUCAUGAGUUUAGGAGUAUGAAAAAUGCAUUUAGGAAGAACACAAUUGAACAAAACUAUCCACCUCCAAGACUUUCAGGAGAGGAAAUUUGGGAGAGGGUUGAGAACUUUCCAAAAGUUACUGAAGAACCACCGUACAAGUUCGAUGGGUAUGGGGUUGCACAUAACUGGACCAAACAGAGCAUAUUUUGGGAGUUACCAUAUUGGAAGGAUAAUCUUCUCCGGCAUAAUCUUGAUGUCAUGCACAUUGAAAAAAAUUACUUUGACAAUUUGUUCAACACAGUGAUGGAUGUCAAGGGCAAGACAAAAGAUAAUCCAAAGGCUAGAUUGGACUUACAGGAAUAUUGUAGGCGUAGAGAGUUAUGGUUGCAGGACAAACGGAACGGGGUCUUCAAGCCUAAGGCUAGUUAUUCAUUCACAAUGGAUCAGAAGAGAAAGAUUUGUGAAUGGGUUGAGAACUUGAAGAUGCCUGAUGGGUAUGCAUCAAAUUUGGAAAAACGUGUUGAUAUGGCGCAAGGAAGGUUACAUGGGAUGAAAAGCCAUGAUUGUCAUGUGUUCAUGGAAACUUUACUCCCCAUUGCAUUUAGUGGUUUGCCUACCCGAACCUGGAAGCCUAUGAUACAAAUUAGUUUGUUCUUCAAAGACUUAUGUUCCAGCACGUUGAGGGUAGACAACUUGGAUCGGAUGCAUCAGAAUAUUCCUGUAAUAACAAGUAAGUUGGAGAAAAUUCUUCCACCGGGGUUCUUCGAUGUGAUGGAACAUCUUCCAAUUCACCUUGCGGAGGAAGCCCGACUCGGAGGCCCAGUUCAUUGUCGUUGGAUGUAUCUCUUCGAGAGAACAAUUGGCAAGUCUAAACGGGGUAUCAAGCAGAAACAUAGAGUUGAAGGCUCAAUUUGCGAAGCCUAUCUUGCUAAGGAAACAGCUCAUUUCUGUUCUUACUACUUUGGGGAUGAUGUGCCAUGCUUGCGAAACAGACCCAAUCGACAUUAUGAAGGAGGGUCAGGAUUGAUAACGAAUAAAGGUUUUAAAGGAUCCUUUGGGGAAGCAGCAGUUUCGGCAAAGGUAUUUAUUUCCAGUUGCGUGUAGCCUGUGUCCAAUAUGAAUUUCUGUAGAACAAUGCCAAAUUUCAGACUGCAACAAAACAGUUGCAAUAAUCCAUAUUGUCUAUAUUUCCUUCUUCCAUGAUGAACUAGUUGUCCCAAACUGUUUCUUAUGUUAAAUUAUAAGCUUGAAUCACAUCAUUUCCUAGACUAAGAUCCGUGAUACUAGCUUUUCCGCAAUAUUGUAUUAAUUGUGAAC